AUGAUUAUCGGUGCAUAUACGAAUUGCGAGUCCUGGAGAUCAUCAGCGUUCAUGAGAUAUAACGUUUUGCGUCUAAUUUCACGCCGGAGCAAAGGCGCCGAAUGUGCCUCACUGCCAUGUUCCAGUCUGGAAUUUUCAAUCUUUUUGUUGCAUGGUGAUCUUUGCGUUAUGCGUCUCCUGCACGCUGUCAUCAAUGAAUCCCAUCCAGACCAUCUUCCCCGUUCCAAUGCCGAAGUGAUUCAACUUCUCAACGACUUGACGUCCAAGGAGGAGCUAGUCCUCUCGCAUGCCAAUUUCAUGAAACCCCUCAAAGAGCAUGAGGAAUUACAAAAAAUAUGUCUCUUUACCACAGUAUGCUUGAUAGUUGUCACAAGCAUCGCUGAAGAUCUCAUCGAAAGUGCUUCUGAAGAUUCCCCGAUAGAAUCAGCCCCGGUACGUGAAGCUUUAAUGAUGAUCCAUGGGGCAUUUGGGAAAUUCGAGCCACUAGCCGACAAUUUCGAAGCGAAGCCCCAGCCGUUCCAAACGUGUUGCUUCUCAUACUUGGCAGGAUGCUUGAAGUAUUCUAUCUUAUUCCAACGCCUCCUUUAUCCCGAAGACCAAUGCGAACACCUUGAAUACUUUGCCGAAUCCCUCAAGAGCAUCAACGGCUUUUCUCUCAUAAUCGAUAGCAUUCAGAAUUAUCCAAAACCCAAUUCAAGACAUAUAACAAUUUAUGACUGUAUACCACCUCUUCAUGAAACACCUAUAUUUUGUCAUUUGCAAGCACAGCCCGGAAAGCCAGUCCGUCCUCAAUUAUAUCGGAAUCAGAAUCCUUACGGCCCAGGACUUCUACGAAACAUAAAUCACCCUUCGAAUGAAGCUUAUAUCAGAAUGAAAGGAUAUCUUCUCUGA